AUGAACGACUACGACCUCCGAAGUGCACCACCUUCAGAGCCUCCAGAAGACGCCUACGUGCGGAGUGAGCCUCAUCUACUGUCUCCGGCCUCUCCCAAGCCCAUUCACUUACCACAGCCCACCAACAUCCCUGUUCUCGAGAACAUGAUGGAUGUGGGGUACAAUCAGACUGAAGCGCACAUGAGUGACCCAGCCUCGCGUAAUACCGAGCUUCGGCCUGGUGCGUGGCGGGAUCCCAAUGACCUGGCCGAUCAGACACCCGACCACGCAUCGCCAUUCUCCACAGGCGGUGAUGCACUCGAGCCGGCAAAGGAUGAUGAGGCAUCAGGAACUGAGCCGGUUGCCGUGGAAGUYGACACCCAUAGCAGCAGCACCGACACCCUUGCGAAUGAACCAGAAGUUCCAAAUGUGUCGCACUCUAAUGGCAUUUCUUAUGAAGCCAACUCUCAUCUUCAAGCGGAUGUCAUCUCUGAAACCCACCACGCCAAUGCAGAUGCGCCAUUGUCCUCGUCAGACCACAGCGUGCCCAAUACUGAGCAAGCCGCGCCGGUCGCAGACGCCGUUGUAAUCCAAUCACAUGAGACUGACGACCAGGCGCACCCGCCCAUAACGCCAUCUAUACACCCAAUCAGUGCUGCAUCUGGUGAUGUUGAGAAUGUCUCUGCACAGACUCCCAUCCAUGGUGAAGCUCAGGCGCCCGUCCCUGCUGCAGACCCAUCUUCUCCACUGUCAGCGUCAAGUCUCGGCGCGCACCCUACCGGGCUCCCUCCACGCCCUCCGCCGCAAGAGCAACCGCUCAUCAACCCACACUAUGUACACUCGCAACAUAUACGCGAUUAUCAUCCACAUGCCACUCAUCCGGCACUUCAUGCCAAUGCAUCCAACAAUAGUUCUGGCAACCCUGCACCACCCCCGGCAGCCAGUUUUGCCCCUCCAUCACUUCCUGCCAAUCCACAACAGGCAGUAGCAGGCGGAACCAACGUAUAUCAGCCGCUGCAGGUCUCCGCUGCAUCCCAUCAAACUCCUCCAACUCCGCGAGAAUUUUCACAGCAGUUCCCAGCCACGAACAUACCCAUCGAAAGUCGCAGAGAGUUCAAGCUUGCCGCUGGCGAGACUCCCACGAUAGAUGACCAGCCCUGGACACAAGACAUUCAACGAAAGUAUGAUCAUUUCCUGGAUGAAGAAAGAAAAUAUGUGAAUGAAGCCAAGUGGGAUCAGUUCCCGUUCGGAUCCCGUCUAUUCGUCGGGAAUUUGUCAUCGGAAAAGGUGACGAAGCGUGACAUUUUCCACGUAUUUCAUAGCUAUGGCGAUCUUGCCCAGGUUUCGAUCAAGCAGGCAUACGGCUUUGUUCAAUUCCUCAGGGCCGAUGACUGCGCACGAGCGCUGGUCAGCGAGCAGGGCAGACAAAUAAGUGACAAGCGAAUCCACCUGGAAGUAAGCAAACCCCAGAAAGCUGCACGAAGCCAGCAGAACAACGCUCGGAGAUCUCGGUCGCCGGAACAUGGCGGUCGCGGCAAGCGUGGUCACGACGGCGAUCGCUACUCAUCGCAUGGCAGAGGAGGGGGCCACGGCCGCAACAGGGAUUCGAGGGACUCGAGGGAUGGAUACAGGCCCAGCCAUCGCUCGCCGUCCCCUCGAGCAUAUCGAGAGCGGCGUGAUGACAGAUUCUCAACACGCUCAAGGUCUCCCGCGUACGGUCACCGGGACAGAGAUCGAUACAGCCGCGGCAGCCCACGUCGCGAACCCGAAGACGACCUCCCACUCCCGCGCCGUAUGCCGCAAGAUGUUCCAGAUGUGCAGCUCAUCAUUCUUGACCAGCUUGAACGAGACUUUAUUGCCUGGGUGGAAGCGGAAUUCUCGAAGCGCGGUGUACGUGUCGAUACACUCAUGAUCUCGCCACGUCUCAGUGAGGAAGCCGUAGUCCGACGGCAAAUUCUCGAGGGUGUUCUCGCCGUCUCGAGGCUCAGGCGUCACAAUCAGCUGGAGAGCAAGAUUGGCUUGACGAUCUUCAAGCGCAAAGGCGCCCUUCAGGAUGUGCAAUUUGAGGAGUACGAGCACCUUGAUCCGAACAUUGCUUGCGAAUUGGUUCUGCGGGAUAAACGGACACUUCAAGAUUCUGCUCAACGCAGUGCCGGUCCAUAUAGCAAUGGACACCCGGGCCAGGGGCAGUUUAAUGGCCAACCACCACAGCAGCAGUAUGGGUACCAGCCACAAUCCGCUGGCUUUGGACCACCUCCGGGCUUCCAGCCGCCGUAUGGACAGCAGCCAGUGUAUGGGCAACCGCCACACGGAUCAUUCCCUCCUYCCGGUGCACCACAGCCGCCUCCUUCGAACGUCGACCCUAACAAUCUUCAAAAUCUCCUUGCGAACCUGGGCCAAGGUGGAGCGCCGGCACCAUACGCAGGAGGCCCUCCCCAGUAUGGCGCUCCAGCUCAACAUCACCCUGGCUAUCCUCCGCAACCUCCCACGCAGCAGGGCUACCCACCUCAAUCUCACCCACAAGCUUACGCCCAGCCAGGUCGUCAGUAUGGCCUCAGUCAGCCUCAGCAGAUCCAGGGCGCUACGUAUCAAAACUACUCAGCGGCGCCAGGCAGUCAACCAGGGCCAUCGCCUGCGGGUCAUCAGCAGGCGCCGGCUGGUCAAUCUCCAGCGAACAUGCAAGAUGUGCUUGCUAGGCUUGGAAGCUAUGUUCCUUGA